GAGGGGCAGGCGCUGACAGCUGCUUUCCCCGCACCCACAGUCCCCUCCCCCGGUGCCGCCGUGGGGUGGGACUCCCCGGCGGGCCGCGGUCUCCCGUCCCGCUCCCCCCCCCCCCGCCGCUGCCCGGCGCCGGGGGUCGGUGCUGGGGCGGGCGUGCCGGGGUGGGCGGGCUCCGCCACCCGACGGCGCGUCCCGGACGCUGCCCCGCAGCCGGCGGGUGGGCAGCGGCACCCCCGGGACGAUGCCGCGGCUCGGCGGGGGCUGGCCGGCCGCCCCGCGCCUCUCCCCGGCCUCCGCCGCCGUCCUGCUGGGCGUCCUGUGCCUGCCCGGGGCGCCGGCCUCCUCCCUGCUCACAGGAUCGGUUGCAAAAUGUGAAAAUGAAGGGGAAAUUUUGCAGAUACCUUUUAUCACAGACAACCCUUGUAUAAUGUGUGUUUGCCUGAAUAAGGAAGUGACGUGCAAAAGGGAGAAGUGUCCAGUGCUGUCCAAGGACUGUGCUCUCGUCAUUAAGCAGAGAGGAGCUUGCUGUGAGCGUUGCAAAGAUUGCAGUUUUGAAGGAAAUACGUACAACAGCUCCAUGAAAUGGCACCUCCCCAGCAAUCCCUGUGUUACAUACCAGUGCCAGGAAGGAGUGAUAGUAGAAUCAGAAGUACAGUGUGUUGUUCAUUGCAAAAACCCUUCCAAACUCAGGGGAAUGUGUUGUCCUGUGUGUCCAGGUUGUGUAUUUGAAGGGAGACUUUACAAUGAAGGAGAAGAAUUUAGGCCUGAAGGAAAUAAAUGUACCAAGUGCUCUUGUAUUGGUGGCAGGACACAGUGUAUCCAAGAAGUCUGCCCCAUUCUUUCAUGUCCCCAGCACCUCAGUCACAUUCCUGCUGGACAGUGUUGCCCCAAAUGCUUAGGACAGAGGAAAGUGUUUGACCUCCCAUUUGGAAGCUGCCUCUUUCACAGCAACGUGUAUGACAAUGGUUCCUCAUUUAUGUAUGACAACUGCACAGUGUGUACAUGCAAGGAUUCAACAGUGAUAUGUAAGAAGAGGUGCUUACUUCCUGGUGAAUGCAAUAAAAACAAAGACCACUGCUGCAAGGAGUGUGUCUCAUACCUCUCUCCUGAGGAGGUGAAAGUGUGCAAGUUUGGCAAUAAGAUCUUCCAGGAUGGAGAGAUGUGGUCCUCUGUGAACUGCACCAUCUGUGCUUGUGUGAAAGGCAAGACAGAGUGUCGCAAGAAACAGUGCAUUCCAGUCAGCAGCUGUCCUCAUGGUAAAAUCCUGAACAGAAAAGGAUGCUGUCCGAUUUGCACUGAAAAGCCUGGAGUUUGCACUGUUUUUGGAGAUCCUCACUACAACACUUUUGAUGGACGGACAUUUAACUUUCAGGGAACAUGUCAGUACGUUUUGACGAAAGACUGCUCCUCCUCUGCCUCACCCUUUCAGGUGCUGGUAAAAAACGAUGCCCGUCGGACCCGUUCUUUCUCCUGGACAAAGUCAGUGGACCUUGUGUUGGGCAGAAGCACAAUCAGCCUCCAGCAGCACCUCACAGUGAAGUGGAAUGGGACCCGAAUUUCACUACCUUGCGAGACACCGCAAUUUCACAUCGAUUUGGAUGGUUAUUUGCUGAAAGUGACAACCAAAGCAGGCUUGGAAAUCUCAUGGGAUGGAGACAGUUUUGUGGAAGUCAUGGCUGCACCUCAUCUGAAAGGCAAACUCUGUGGUUUGUGUGGCAAUUACAAUGGGCACAAGCGAGAUGACCUGAUUGGGGGGGAUGGCAAUUUUAAGUUUGAUGUGGAUGACUUCGCUGAAUCCUGGCGUGUGGAGUCCAAUGAGUUCUGCAGCCGCCCACAGAGGAAACCCGUACCUGAGCUCUGUCAUGGGACAGUCAGGGUGAAGCUCCGAGCUCAUCGGGAAUGCCAGAAACUCAAAGCAUGGGAGUUCCAGAGCUGUCAUUCAACAGUGGAUUACACCACCUUUUACCGGUCCUGUGUGACAGACAUGUGUGAGUGUCCGAUCCAUAAAAACUGCUACUGUGAGUCAUUCCUGGCAUACACCCGAGCCUGUCAGAGGGAAGGGCUGAAAGUCCACUGGGUGCCGGAGCAGAACUGUGCAGCAACCCAGUGUAAACACGGUGCAGUUUAUGAUACCUGUGGUCCGGGAUGUGUCAAAACAUGUGACAACUGGAAUGAAAUUGGACCAUGCAACAAGCCCUGCAUUGCAGGGUGUCAUUGCCCUGCAAAUUUAGUUCUUCACAGAGGAAGAUGCAUCAAACCAGUCCUGUGCCCGCAGCGGUGACAUUCAUUCUCUUUCCAUGGACUCUAGUGUGGGUGGUCACUGACUCCCCUGAUGCUCACAGCCAGUGACGGACUCCAGCUGUUUGUGUGCAGAUUCUGCAAAGUACAUGUCUACUCACAGAGUGUAAAUAUGCUCCUCUGUGUCUAUUUGUGUGUCUCUAAGUACACACACGAGGCACCUAGAAAGAUAUAUAAACGUAUACUGUGUGUAUUUGGACACACGUGUCCAUACACAAGUGCCCUAAACGUAAGUACAACCCAUAUAUUUAUAUAUAUGUCCACACACAAAUAUACAUAAUUUCUAUAUACCAUAGAAGGAUGAAUUAUAAUAUGUAUAUUUUUUGCUAUAAAGUUUAUGUAUUAUUAUUUCUAGGACCCUGAUCUGUAACUCAUUGUAUAAAUAAACCAUGUGUUUUUAAUAUAA